AUCUCGAUUUAAAAAACAAAUCCGAUCAGUCUUCAUUUUGAUUUUCGAUUUAAAAAAAACAUUUAACCCUAUCGAAUCGGGAUUGAUCAGAACCUGUUGAAUACGGAUUCCUUUUGCCGUCGCUGAGUUAAGCGUGUGUGGCAGAACCUGUUGCAUCUUAACCACAUUCAGCUCUGAUUCUCAGUUCGGUGAAAUUUGCGUUUUCAUUUGUUUGUCUUUGUCCUCUUUCUCUGUUUUGAAAAUAUUGGCAAAAAAGAUGCGGUUAAGAUGCAUUUUCCCGGUUAAAUGGAAACAUAACAGAUGGAAAAGUUUCUUGAAACUAUACUCAACUCAGCAACCCCGAAUAAUAUCUACAAAUAUUUCUAUAAAUCAGUUUAUAAAAAGCGGGCGGUUAGACAUCGCGCGGAAUCUGUUCAAUGAAAUGCCAAGCAGAACCGUAGUAUCUUGGAACACCAUGAUUUCUGGUUACACAAAGUGGUGGAAAUUCAAUGAAUCGAUUGAUUUACUUUCAACGAUGCAUCGGAGUGAUAUAAGGUUUAAUGAGUCCACUUUUUCCACUGCAUUAAGCGUGUGUGGUCGCCUGCGAUCUUUAACUGAUGGAAAACAGAUUCAUUGCGUUGUUAUCAAGUCUGGGUGUGAGAGUUUUGAGCUUGUUAGAAGUUCUUUGUUGUAUUUUUAUGCCAAUUGUUUUGAGAUCAAAGAAGGGGAGCGGGUUUUCAAUGAGUUGCACGAUAAAAAUGAGUUGUUGUGGACUUUGAUGAUUGUAGGUUAUGUUGAGUGUAGUUUGAUGAAUGAGGCUCUUGAUUUGUUUAUGAAGAUGCCAAAACGGGAUGUUGUGGCUUGGACUGCAUUGAUUUCGGGAUAUGUGAAGAGCGAAGAGGGUUGCGAGAAGGCUUUGGAGUUGUUUUGGUGGAUGAGAUGCAGUGGUGAGGUGGUGCCUAAUGAGUUCACCUUGGAUUCUGUUAUAAGGGCUUGUAGCAGGCUUGGUGAUUUAUGUAAAGGGAAGCUUGUUCAUGGGAUUUUGAUCAAAUAUGGAUUUGAAUUUAAUCAAUCAAUUGGUGGUGCAUUGACUGAAUUUUAUUCUGAUUGUGAAGCUAUUGAUGAUGCUAAGAGAGUCUAUAAUGCAAUAACAAGUCCCUGUUUGAAACCUUCAAACUCACUUAUUGGAAGGCUUAUAUCAAUGGGUAAGAUUGAAGAUGCAGAACUAAUUUUUAAUAAACUAGUUGAGGCAAAUUCAUUUUCAUAUAAUCUGAUGAUUAAAGGGUAUGCAGCUUGUGGUCGAGUUGAAGAUUCAAAAAGACUAUUUGAAGAGAUGUCUCGAAGAACAAUAGUUUCUACUAACAUAAUGAUUUCUGUAUAUUCCAGGAGUGGGGAGAUUGAUAAAGCUUUAAAGCUGUUUGAAGAAACACAAUGGGAAAGAGACCCUGUGACAUGGAAUUCGAUGAUGUCUGGUUGUAUUCAAAAUCAGCAAUACAAUGAGGCUCUGAAGCUGUAUCUGAACAUGUGCAGAUUUCAAAUAGAGCGUACAAGGUCAACAUUCUCAGUUCUCUUUCAUGGAUGUUCAUGCCAGAGAUCUCUUCAACAGGGACAAUUACUUCAUGCACACUUGAUCAAAACACCAUUUGAAUCAAAUGUUUAUGUUGGAACAUCCCUGAUAGAUAUGUACUCCAAAUGUGGUAGCAUCACUGAUGCUUACAAAUCAUUUUCCAGCAUCUCUUCUCCUAAUGUGGCAGCAUGGACAUCUCUUAUUAAUGGGUAUGCACACCAUGGGUUUGGCUCUCAAGCUAUCUUACACUUUGAGCAUAUGUUGGAGAAAGGAGUGGUCCCUAAUGCUACUACUUUUGUUGGAAUUCUGUCUGCCUGUGGUCAUGCUGGUCUAGUCAAUGAAGGAAUGAGACUGUUCAGCUCAAUGGAAAAAUGCUACGGUGUGGUUCCAACUUUAGAACACUAUGCAUGCAUCGUUGAUCUUCUUGGACGGGCAGGUCAUCUGCAAGAAGCUGAGGAGUUUAUUAAAAAGAUGCCAGUUGAAGCCGAUGAGGUUGUUUGGGGAGUUUUACUCAAUUCUUGUUGGCUCUGGAUGAACAUGGAAGUUGGUGAGAGGGUGGCAGAAAAGAUGUUCAGUUUGAAUCCAAAGACUAUGUAUGCUUAUGUAAUUCUAUCUAACAUAUAUGGAGUACUUGGGAAAUGGGAAGAAAAGAUGAAUGUAAGGAAGAGGUUGAGAGACUUGGAAGUGAAAAAGGAUCCAGCUUGUAGUUGGAUUGAGCUGGACGACAGACUCUUUGUGUUUUCUGUAGAGGAUAGAAGCCAUCCGUAUUGUAACAUGAUUUAUGCCACCUUACAGCAUCUGGCAACAAAUUUAAACUCCUUUCAUUUUGAUUUAUUUUGAUUGUGACUGCUAUACUAAGAAAAAAGGCUGGCUGUCCUCGUGCAACACACAACAGGGAUCAAGCUCUUGUAGUUGUCUCAUCUAGCUUUUCUUUUGUAGAUUCACCAUUGGUGAUUCCUAAAUUAUAUAAUUCUAACUGAGCAGUAAAGUAUAGCUUUAUCUUUCUUCUCUGAGGUAUUUAAUAUAGUUCCUAUUACGAGUGCAGCGUUAUUAUUAUUCUAGAGGCAAUGUCUUGUUUGUGUCCUUGGCACUGAUAUGAUGUAGUAAGCAUUCCCUUUUGGAAUGAUAUUUCGCUAAAAACAUUUAAAGUUCCAAACCCAAUAGUUUUUUCUUCCUUAUUUUAUCUGAAUUUUGAAACUUGACAAUUGAGUGAGCUCCUUCAUUGACAUGAUCAGAAUUGCCUUUUAUUUAUUGUUUUUCAAUUAUGUUGUAUCUAUUUUGCAAAACAGUUGCUGCCUUUGAGUUUAGUGUCUUUGAGAUUAGUUGGAUAAACCAUCAAAAUUUUGAACCAUUAUGUAGUUGGUUCCUGGUAGUUUAUAUUUUCCAUUUGAUUCACAUGAUCUUAUGCUCUUUCUUUUUACUAAAUAAUGGUGGUCAAGCGCCGAUCACUUUAACUUGGUCUGACAUUUAUCUGAGAGUGCUUAAUAUUUCAAAACAUGGUAAGAUUAGCAGCAUCAAGAGGGAGAGUAUUCACUUAGACUAGUAGCAUUAUCGCAUAUAUCAGAAGUAAUUUGUCAAACAGGCUAUUUACUAUUAGAUAGUUACACGGAGACUCAGUGAGAUUUUUAUUGCAGAUAAUCCUAAUCUUGGUGAUUGAGAUUGCUGGUUUGACUAAGGAUUGCAUUGACGCAAACUUCUCUAGUUGAAGCUUUGCAUUCUAUGUUGAACAGAACCUUUUCGGUGAAGAUAACUCGUGAAGUUCAAGGUCUUGAAGGUAUGUUUUCAUGCACGCAACAUCUACAAAGGACUGAUAGACAGAUAAUCUUUAUUAUCAUUAUAGAUUCCAGCCAUUAGGUUGCUGGUGUGUUAAAAAAGCAUGGUGCAGAGACACAUUGGUCUGGAAGAGAAACACUUUGAUAAUAUUCAUUAUUGGAAAGCUUGUUGUGGACCUUCUCACCAUAAUCCAGAAGGUGUUAAAGGUGCAACUUC